AUGACGAUUAAAAUCACAACGAACACAGAUGACUCGCAGAUUCCGAACAAGACCGAGAUGAUCUCUCCCACGCCUAUUUCUCCAGAAGUUAUGCAGCAUGCCGACGUCAAGAUAGCAAAGGUUAGCACAAAAACAACAUUAAAACCUGGUUAAUUAUUUCCAUUCUGUUUUUUUCAGGUAAUGUUCACCAAAGGAGACGCUUCGCAGAUUCUUCUGCUCGGAAAAGGACGCGAGCGAUGCAUUGCGCUAUGGGAAAGGGACAACGGCAUCGAUCCGUUCAAGAUUCUUGCCACCAAGAACACCGACGUUGAUCCUAAUGAUGCAGUGUACAGGAAAACGAGGUGUCCUAGAAUUAAUAGUUUCUUUCAGGCUCAUGACAGACGAUCGUGUCUGCAUUGGAUACGCCGACGGUUCGCUCGCCAUUUUCAACACAGACAAGGACGAUUUAGCUUUGGUGAUUACAGAGAAUUUCAAUAUUCCGCAACAAAUGCAAUUUCAGAUGAUUCGUAUUCCGUCCGUACAUAGCGGUUGUGCAAGCAGAUCUGUUUGUCGAAACGGUUCGGGAAUUCUAAGGUCAGUAAAGUGGAGAAGUAUGAAUGAGCUUUCAAUAGUUUCAGUGCUUCAACAAACGGAAGUUUGGAAGCGAUAGACGUAGAAACUGGAAUGUCACGAACUGUGUUCUCCGUAAGUACACUCGAUUUCAUUCACAGCCUGAAGUCUUCAAUUUAGGGGCUGCCAGGAAUCAGAUCAAUUUGCACAACUUUUGGAGGGAACGUUGUGAUGGCUGGAGAUUCGAACGGACAAGUCACAGCUUGGGAUCUGCGAGAAGACAACGAAAGAAGUACGGAGAUGGCAAUAGCUCGUGAAUAAAUUCUCAUUUUUCAGCGACCAUUAUUGAACCAAUCAAGACCCUUGUGCCAUCAAAGAAAGCUCUGGACUCAGUAUCCUCCCUCUGCACUCAUCCGGCCCAACCUAAUCUGGUUUGCUGUGGAACAGACGAAGGAAUCGUCGGUUUGAUCGAUGCGAGAAAUAUUCGGACCGCGAACAUCACAAGCACCUAUUUGGUUGCAAAGCGGGGAAUUUCUCAAGUGAUGUUCCACCCAACAUGCGUUGACAGCCUCAUUGUCUCUUCCAACGAUGGAUGCAUUGUCAGAAUCGAUUCCUCUUCUGCUCCAAUGUAAGUUCUCUUUUCCGUUGGUUUUUCUUUUUUGUUCUGUUUAUCACAGCCACUCACAAUUGCUUUCAUUGCAGUGCCGUCGGAACUCGUGCCACGAAAGACACAAUUUGGCUGGAGGGCGACAUUGCGAGCUCUCUCCGUUUGGAAUCAAUCCGCAACGAGUCCGUGUAUCCAAUUUCUUCUUUCGAUGUUUAUUAUGACACCAUCGUGGCUGCGAGCUCUAUCGGAAUGGUUUCACUUUAUCAGCAAUUGCCCUUCUUCCCAAACACUAACGUCGGCAAAUUCUAAAUGUGAUCUCUUAACACUUCCGGUUUCAUGCUGUUUUAUUUUCUGCUAUGAUAAACUUCCAUCGUUUUGGCUUUCGAAUAUGUCAAUGUCCGGUCCGAUAUCCGGAAGCUUUAUCUGGCCGUGGGCAAGUGCGCUCCCCCGCUCUCCGGUUUGUUUAUGUAGCCGAUUCCCCUUCGCCCAUUCCAUUUUAUUGAAUUCAAACGCCCUUUCGUUCUUUCUUUUCUCUCACACUGUGCGUUCUUUUGUGCGUCACGGAAAGACCGAAGAUAAGAGAAGAAAGCGUCGUUUUUGUUGCAAUGCAGGUUCAGGUGACGCUUUUCUCCUGAUAACACUCCAAUUUCGCUCGUUCUGCAUCGAAGCGUGGUCAUAACUGAUCGAUCAAUUGCAGUCAUAACCACACAAAUCAGUUGUCGUCUCGAGUAAGUGUAAGUGGUUGGCGAGGGAGGAUCCGUUUCCCUUGCCCGCUCCCCUUUCACUUUGUUCCCACUCGCCUCGAGAUCUUUCCGUUUUUCUCGUCUUUUCCCUCUGUUUUAUGUGUCGAACAUGUGCUCAACGCGAUUAUUGUUGACAAGAGACAAAUUGGAUACUGUAGGUUCGGAUUGGAACAUCAGCCACGUGAGCACGCAAACAGCAGAAAUCAAGACGCCGUCGGUCACUGAUUUAGUGUCUGUGUGACGAACGUCAGUCUACUGGUUCCCCGAAAAUUAGCAGAACAUUGAAAGGUUUUUUCCAACUUCUCAACAGUUUUUAAAGUCAAAGGCUGAAAAGGGCACUGUCCCAGCUGUGAAACAACACGAUUAUUAAGUACAGUGUACUUUUACUCUCCAGCACGAUUGGAAAUGGGUCACACCCGGUCACAUCAACGUUUUCUUUCUCAAUUCAUUCCCAUCUCAAGAAUGCUCCCAUAAUCCUAUUCCCCAAUGAUGAAAUUGAUAGAAUUCUUUUGGUUUGAUAAGCAAAGAAAUGUUGCAAACUUUCUUCCUCUUGCUGUUUCGUUCGGGAGUAGCGGGAAGAUUUAUCGCAAUAAAUCGGAUCACAUCCGACCGCCUUCUUUUUUCGAUGCCAUCCGGAUCGCUGCGAAAAUAUCACCUGUCACCUUGACUCUCAGAAUCGUCGCAGAUGCCCGAGGCUAUUUGUUAUUUUGUUACUCUCUUUCUUCCCUCCCUUUUUCUCUGAUUCUCCUCUCCCGAGGGCUCGAUUUCGUCCCGCCCGCAUCUUUUCGCGCCCUCCUUCACAGUCACUGUCAUAUCGAUCUUCAUUUCUCGCCCUCUAUCCUCCCACCUCGGUUCACUUCUCGUUGCGAUCCUUGUACUUGGCGUAGCACAUAUGUUGUUUGAGUUGUUGCUUAGAAAUGCGUUCGUUCCGAUACUUCAUUUAUCCCCUUCUGAUUACGUCCUGUUUGCUCUAUCAGUCACUUACUCUGUUAUUUGCGUCUUUGCAGAGGGCAACCGCCUCCAUCGUUUCUCUGAGUGCCCUCCUGCCGAAAGAGUGAGCACGGGAGAAGCAACGAACGAUCAGUCUAUCUAUCAGUUUCGAACGAGAGCAUCUCCCUGCGGAGUCGACGUCAGACACGUGAGUUCUUAUGCAAAUCGGCAUUGCUAGUUUUUGUACAAAUUCCAACGGUACGACAAUACAUUUCAACACCCAUUCCUAUUUCAGAAUCACCCAGUUUGCUGGAUUGAUUGAUUCAAUUAGUCGUCUUCUUCCUUCCCGCUCGCUCCAUUAA